AUGGCCUUCAAGCAUGGGCUGAGUGAACGCCUCGACGAGCUGCGAUUCCCGUCUCCUCGGUCCCCGCCCUCGGAAUCGGCGUUUCCGGGGUACACCUCGCUGUCCCCAGGUCACUCGAACUUUGGAUCGGGUUUCUCAUCUCGGCCGGCGGGUGAUGUACGAGCAAAUCUGCAGCGUCGGUUCACGACCGAUUCGAGCAAGUUCUCCUCAUGGGGACACCUAAAUCAGUCCCCAGGAGCGGGCUCAGGCCCCGGUUCGACUCAGGACCCGUUAGAUCUAUUGUCUUCGCAGUUCGAAAAGAAGAGACAACAUAUUGAAUACAUGCGUGAACAGAAACGUCGAUUCGAAGAAGAUAUGAAGAUCCUCGACCUUCAGCACGCGCGCGAGAAGCUUGAGAUGGAUCAGCUCUCUCGUGAAAUGGCCCAGGCUGGCAUUUCUGGUCCCGUCAGUGAGCCAACUACUCCCCCGGAGUACCGUGAGAGCACCGUCACUAGUGCGUUUGGUCGCCCGAACCGCUUCUCGACCUCGAGCGUUACUUCCUCGCCAGGUUUCUUCAAUGCCUUUGCUUCAUCUGCCUUGACUUCCCCCAGGCCCCCACUCACUCGACUCAGCCAUCGAUCGAUCGUUUUGCGGGACAUUCGGUCCCCGGAUCUCGCCGAAAUUCCGAGAAGGAUGAUUUCCUUUCUGAUCCCACCUCCCCCUUCCGACCGGCCCCAAGGUGAGUUCCAAAUCCCCGGAUGUGAGCUGUCUGCCUUUCAAGUGCAACUGACUUAUCCUUUUCUUCUCAAAAGUGCUCACCGAUACUCGAUGCCUUCUGGAAACACCAAUGGCAAUAGCCGGAACAGCAUUUCUGGAUUGUCCAGUGUCAACCCUGCGCUUGACAAGUGGGCUGGCACUCAGUACUUUUUCCCCAGCGCCGAAGACAAAUCGCUUGGACAUCUCAGGGAAUUCGAGCGGCUCUCAACCCCUGACAUUAAGAGCUACAUCUCGUUGACGGAGUCCGAUGACAAAUUCCCAACUCUUUCUCGCCGUGGAGAUUCCAACGUACUUUCGGCAAACCCUGAUGCUCACGACCUUGCAAACCCCCGUGUCCAUGGAAAUGAGCCCUAUGCCCACCACAGUCGGGCCCGGUCGUCUCACCAGAGCAUGCCUCACAACGUCAUCACCUAUGGACAGCCCGCCAACUCCAACGAGGAGAAUGGGAACUAUGUUCAUGCGCGCCACAGCACUCGCCAUUCCAUCAGCAGCAACCUGGGCUUCCAUGAUGAUCGUCAUGAUGAGGUGGCCACCCCUGUUCCAUCGAGCCGCCCCACUGCUUUGCAGUCUUCGUACUCAACCAACGACCUUCCCACCGUGAAGGGCAACGGAAAUGCAAAUGCAAAUGGACAUGCCAUCACCCCGCCAAAGGCUCACCACGAGCAGAUGCAUCAGCACAACACGAGCUUGGGACGCAUUCCCCAGGGUGCUGUGAACAACCGCUCAGUCAAGAAUGAGAUGGAUGAGCCUGAGAUGAAUGGGAACGGGAACCUUCAGUCCCAAACUACCUUGCAGGCUAGCGCCCCGCCAUUUGGACCACAGCUCACUCCUGCUGCAUCAAGCAACCACGUCCCUGGUGCUAUUGCGCAGAUGACUUUGCCAUUCCAGGUUCCAGCAGCUCCGACUUUUGGCUACGGAAUCCAGCCAUAUGUCAACCAAGUGGCUCCCAUCAACGGACACAUGCAGAACUUCGCAGGUGCCAAUGGGUACAACGGAUUUUCCAACUACGGCACCAACGCUGGCUUCCGCUACAAUGAGCCUGCGGUCCGAGGAAACAUGGCUCAACGCCGCCAGGAUACCGAUGCCAACCAGCUCACUCGUUUCGGCAAUUUCCCUUUGGAGCACUACAAGGGUGAACUUUACAGCCUUUGCAAGGAUCAGCACGGUUGCCGAUACCUGCAGCGCAAGUUGGAGGAGCGCAAUGAAGAGCAUGUCCAGUUGAUUUUCAAUGAGACUCACAUGCAUGUGAUUGAGCUGAUGACUGAUCCUUUUGGCAAUUAUUUGUGUCAGAAGCUGCUUGAAUAUUCCAACGACGAACAGCGCACCGCCUUGAUUGACAACGCAUCCCCUCAACUGGUCAAGAUUGCUCUGAACCAGCAUGGAACCCGUGCCUUGCAGAAGAUGAUUGAGUUCAUUUCGACACCCCGCCAGACUCAGACCGUGAUCAAGUCUCUCAAGAACCAUGUUGUUGAGCUUGUGCAGGACCUGAAUGGAAACCAUGUGAUUCAGAAGUGCCUGAACCGCCUUUCUCCCGAGGAUGCCGAGUUCAUUUACGAAGCUGUUGGUAGCCACUGUGUGGUUGUUGGUACCCACCGCCAUGGAUGUUGUGUUCUGCAGCGCUGCAUUGACCAUGCUUCGGGUAACCAAAAGGCUCGCCUGAUUGCGCAGAUCACUGCCCACUCAUUCGCUCUGGUGCAAGAUCCCUUUGGAAACUAUGUUGUGCAAUACAUUCUGGAUUUGAAUGAGCCAAGCUUCACUAACCCACUGUGUGCUACCUUUGGAGGAAACAUUCCUCAGCUGUCCAAGCAGAAAUUCAGCUCCAAUGUCAUUGAAAAGUGCCUCCGCACUGCUGACAACUACAUGAAGCGCCAGCUCAUCGAUGAAUUCCUCAUGGGCAAUGAACUCGAGAAGAUGUUGCGCGAUUCCUUUGCCAAUUAUGUUGUGCAAACCGCUAUGGAUUUCUGUGAUGCUGAAACCCGCAACCGUGUUGUCGAGGCCGUGCGUCCCAUCCUUCCUUCGAUUCGCCAGACUCCCCACGGACGUCGCAUUGCAGGAAAGAUCAUGGCGGCAGAUGGCAACACCCGCAGCAACGGCAGCAGCGCUGCUACCAGUGGCCAGGCGACGCCCAACGAGGCCAGCACCAGUGCCCAGAUCCCCAAGGCCAUGUUGCAGAAGCCUUUCAUGUAUCAAUCCGGUACAUCCUCUGGCAUCCAGUCUCCCACCUCCAGCGGAUACAGCAGCCAGACCUAUGUUCCCCAUUCCUCGCAGAGCUCAGUCUCCAACACCCCCUCUGGACAGAGUGACAGUUCGUCUGUUUACCCUGCCCCGGCUCCCCAGCAAUCCAUCAGCAUCGGAUCGCAGGGCCAGCCCUACACCUACUUCUGA